AUGAAAGAAGAACAAACAAACACGGGCCCAUAUCAUGUAUACGGCAUAUUAAGUGCGCGCAUUGAUGCUUUUUUAUUUUCGCACCAUGACUUUCAGAAAAACCAGAAAUUCAUUAAAGAAUGCAUUAAACAAAGAAAUACUUCUGUAAAGUAUCUGGGGAAAUACGCAUUUAUCAGAGUGUGCCAUGCGCAGGAGGCUGUGUCUUCUGUGUUCUCGUUUCUAUCUGCUAUAUCCGCAGGUGUGUCUCUUAUAUACAUCCUAAGAAUGAUUAAGAGACAAGCCACCAAGGCAUACCCGCAUCCUGCGCAUCUCCAGUAUCUAGCUACCUUGAAAUAUACAUUCUGUGUGCAUGUUGCUACAUGGAUAUUCAGUGGGAUAUUCCAUAUACGUGACACGUAUAGCACACAGUGCAUGGAUUACUUUGGGGCCAUUGCGAGUAUAUCUUCUACUCUUGUUCUCUCUGGAAAUAAGCUAUCCAUAUACCCAGUGGCUAUUCGGCGUAUUUUAAUGCUUUUUGGGACUGUGCAUGUGCUGUAUAUGCACUUUGUAGAGUUUAACUUUUUGUACAACUCCAUUGUGUGCGGGGUUCUGUUUGGGUGCAAUUUUGCCCUUUGGAGUGUGUGGCAUAAAAGGACAUCUGCCCACUCAUACAGCAAGAUAUUAAAACUAAGCAUGCUUGGCAUCCUAGUCAGUGCAGCCUUCCAAGUGAUUGACUUUGGGCCUGUGUACUUUCUGCUGGACUCGCACGCUCUGUGGCAUAUCCUGGGAUGUCUCUUCAGCACAUCCCUAUAUGUAUUUCUUAUUGUAGACGCUGAGAGCAUGUGUUCUAGCAAGCUACACAAGAUUAAGCAAUCUUCUGGAUUACUAGGCACUAAUGACCGUAUAAAUGCAAGACAGGCAGAUACUAUAUAA